ACAAAAUAGCACAUUCGUGUCAUAAGACGCAUAUCGGUCGAGUGGGGUGGUCUGGUGGCCAGGUGGCGACAAAUCUGCUCAGUGUUGUAUCGCUAGUGAAUGUGCGCCCGCGUCACUAUCGUGCAAAAAUCAAAAUGCGGAUUAUUAUACUAUGCUAUCUAGUGGGUGCGGUCUGGUGCAGUGAACAGGACUGGCUUCCUAUUGUGCACAAGACGGCAGCCUACCCCAGCUACAGUCCCCAGUCUGAUCCAUCCAUUGAUUCAAGUUCCCAGCUAAGAAUCCUCAACAGACCAUCAUACCAGUCAUCUCCAUACGACUCUAGCAAAUACAGUGGGCUCUUCAAACCUGUGCCGGUUACAGAAACGGACUCUUGCAGCGUUUACAAAGUGUCCAUGAACCAGGAGUUGUUCUACCAAUAUCUGGAAUACGAUACAAAGCUGCCCGACCUUAAGGAAUUUACUUUGUGCAUGUGGAGCAAAUAUCACAAUCAUUCCGCUGACCAUCCACUGUUUUCCUAUGCUGUUGACGACAAUCCUAAAGAAAUUUCGGCAUGGAUCUCAAAUACGAAGGAGGCAAGUUAUUUCAGCAUGGCUGUGCACGGGCAAACGUUCUUCCGACUCAAUUACCCAAUUAAAUUGAACACAUGGUAUCACAGCUGUCAAUCUUGGAACGGAAAGACUGGUGAAUGGCAAAUAUGGAUUAACGCAGAGCGAGUUGGCAGAGGAUUCCAUAAUAGGCUCGUCGGUCACGUCAUAAAGGGAGGAGGUACUGUAAUAAGUGGUCAAGAGCAAUCAUUACUGUACAAAGACGACGCUUUGGAUGCAGUUAAAAAUCAAGUCGGACUUAUCGGAGAGAUUACGAUGCUGCAGUUGUAUCAUGUAGCACUGACUGCUGGUAAAGCUCACAGAGAUCAUAAACACCAUCAUGCGCAUCAUUUCAAACACGAUGGUUCUUUAGUAGAGGUAUCUACGGAAGCUGUUACAGAACCUCCACCACCACAACCUACACCUAUUGGUAACGGACACUUCCUUAUUGGAGGACAGUUACAGAAACCUUCACAGAUUAAUCUUGCAAGACCAGAUCAACAAAAUAUGGUUCCUUUACCAUUAGCCAACGGCCUACAAUUACAACAAGAUUAUGCCAAUGGACUCCUGGCCCGUCCAGUCUCGUCCGAUCAACUACUAAAUAGUGUUCAACAAAUUCCAUCAAACCAUAUCGGUGGCAACGUUGCCCCAUCUCAACUACCAUUACUUGGACUAUCAUUCUCUGGUCAACGAUACCCAAACAGGCCACUAGGACCAAAUAAAGGAACAUCAGUUGUACUAUCAAGUUCUCUAUUGAACCCGGCAAAUGUUCAAUACAUUGAUGAUACCGGAUCACAUAAUUUGUACAAGAGGGAUUCCUAUAAACGUGAUAAGCGUGACAAUCCUGAGAAAGAACUUGAAGUUGAAGAAAGAAGUUCAGGCAAGAAAGAUAAGCGUGGACUUGUGGCACUAUCGGACGGAUCGAUAGUAGAUGAAGCCUUACUUAGUACUGAUCUUAUCGACGAUAACAAAGAAGACGAAGCUCUGUUCCAGCAAUCACUACUAAACGGAUUAGCUGGUGUCGUUGGAAAUUUACCAGUGCAAAACUUACAAAAGCAGACUGUGGAUGAUAGGGAGCCAGCAGAAGCUGAAGUAAAAGCCGUUAUGAAAGUUUGUAGCGGAUGCACUACUGAACCAUUUAAGAAAGUAUUAGUGCUUUCUUGGAGAUCAACACCAAAAAAAUUACACAGUGGAGCCCAUUACUACAAAGGACUACCAAUUUGUAAGGCAUUUUAAACUUACUGCUGAGACAUUGGGUACAAAACAAUAAUAUACUUGUUAUGUUGCUAGACAAUAAGAAUAACAUAUCAAAUCUAAAUUGUUUGAAAUCAGUGAUUGUCCAGGUAGAUUAAUGACUAUUCCUUUCUAAACAAUAUAUUUAGUCUUAACGAUCAAUAUGAUAUAAGUAACCUUUCUAGAUAGAUAACUUGCCAUUGUAUUCAAUUGUAAUUAUUUAUUGCAGUACUAGACUAAUUUUGUACAUUCUUAUUUUUAUUAUGGGUAGUUACUAGUUAUCUACUCAAAUUGUAGAUUAAUUAAACUAAGAUACUUUAACAUUGAAUAAAUACUAAGAAAUA